GCCGCCACCAAGGCCAUGAUGAGGGUCAAUGGGGACGAUGACAGCGUUGCGGCCUUGAGCUUCCUCUACGAUUACUACAUGGGACCCCCUCUGUCCCCAGAGAGAAGAAGUUUACUCAGUCAGUCCUUCCUCUCUCUUUCCAGGCACUACCUUGGCAUGGAAUAUGAGACAGACCUCGCCCCCCUCGAGAGCCCCACGCACCUCAUGAAAUUCCUGACAGAGAGUGUGUCCGGAGCCCCAGAGUACCCGGAUCUGCUCAAGAAGAAUAACCUGAUGAGCCUGGAGGGGGCAACACCCACCCCUGGCAAGGCAGCCCCCCUCCCACCAGGCCCCAGCAAGCUGGAGGCUGGCUCUGUGGACAGCUACCUGUUGCCCACCAGUGAUAUGUAUGAUAAUGGCUCCCUCAACUCCUUGUUUGAGAGCAUUCAUGGGGUGCCGCCCACGCAGCGCUGGCAGCCAGACAGCACUUUCAAAGAUGACCCACAGGAGUCAUUGCUCUUCCCAGAUAUCCUGAAAACAUCCCCAGAACCCCAGUGUCCAGAGGACUAUCCGAGCCUCAAAAGUGACUUCGAAUACACCCUGGGCUCCCCCAAAGCCAUCCACAUCAAGUCAGGCGAGUCGCCCAUGGCCUACCUCAACAAGGGCCAGUUCUACCCUGUCACCCUGCGGACUCCAGCAGGUGGCAAAGGCCUUGCCUUGUCCUCCAACAAAGUGAAGAGUGUGGUGAUGGUUGUCUUCGACAACGAGAAGGUCCCAGUAGAGCAGUUGCGGUUCUGGAAGCACUGGCAUUCCCGGCAGCCCACCGCCAAGCAGCGGGUCAUCGACGUGGCUGACUGCAAAGAAAACUUCAACACGGUGCAGCACAUUGAGGAGGUGGCCUACAAUGCACUGUCCUUCGUGUGGAACGUGAAUGAGGAGGCCAAGGUGUUCAUUGGAGUCAACUGCCUGAGCACAGACUUCUCCUCACAGAAGGGGGUGAAGGGUGUCCCCCUGAACCUGCAGAUUGAUACCUAUGACUGUGGCUCAGGCACUGAACGCCUGGUACACCGUGCUGUCUGCCAGAUCAAGAUCUUCUGUGACAAGGGAGCCGAGAGGAAGAUGCGGGAUGAUGAGAGGAAGCAGUUCCGGAGGAAGGUCAAGUGCCCAGACUCCAGCAAUAGCGGCAUCAAGGACUGCCUGCUGUCGGGCUUCAGGGGCAAUGAGACCACCUACUUGCGGCCAGAGGCUGACCUGGAGACCCCACCGGUGCUGUUCAUCCCCAACGUGCACUUCUCCAGCCUGCAGCGCCCUGGAGGGGCUGUCCCCUCAGCAGGACCCAGUGGCUCCAGCAGGCUGUCACUGAAGCGCACCUGCUCGCCCUUCGCUGAGGAGUUUGAGCCGCUGCCCUCCAAGCAGGCCAAGGAGGACGACCUUCAGAGAGUCCUGUUGUAUGUGCGGCGGGAGACCGAGGAAGUGUUCGACGCCCUCAUGUUGAAGACCCCGGACCUGAAGGGGCUGAGGAAUGCGAUCUCUGAGAAGUAUGGGUUCCCUGAAGAGAACAUUUACAAAGUCUACAAGAAAUGCAAGCGGGGAAUCUUAGUCAACAUGGAUAACAACAUUAUUCAGCAUUACAGCAACCACGUCGCCUUCCUACUGGACAUGGGGGAGAUGGACGGCAAGAUUCAGAUCAUCCUUAAGGAGCUGUAA